GCAGUAUCGCUAAAUAGUGCUCCCAGGAUUUAGUGUUCUAGUGGCUGUCCUAAGAUAUUAUUAGCGGUCAUCGUACGUGAGUGAAUCAGUGAACAUACCUACAAGAGUGUAACAGUUUUCAAGAGUGCGAAUAAUGUGAUAAGAUCAAGAAUUUUACAAUUUAAAUUUGAAUGAAUGUUGAGUGAGGGAGGAUAGCAGUCAGCUGAUGAGGCUGCUGGCUGCAGUGUUGACACAAAAUAUCCAAACAGUUAAUUGGGUUAACGGUGUGAUCUGAAAUAUUAACAAAUACAUAUAUUGGUUGGUUAUAGCAGCAGUGUAGUGAUAAGGUCAUAAACGAGUGAUUAGGUAAAUACUGAAAGUAAGAAAAAAUUAGUCAAUCCCCAGCUGUUGGUGUUGUGAAUGUAGUUAAUAUCAUCAGUUUUGUUAUGACCAUAAUACUGUACUAAAGAAAAAAGAGUGAACACCAAGUCUUAAAGGAAAAAUAAAAUAAAAACUUGAAUGCAUGAUAAAGUUCUUGAAGGAGUUACGAAAGUGAAGGAGUUGAUAGCAGCCGACCAGCAGGAACCUCCACUGUUGUGCCGACGACAUCACUUGCCUAUGUGUGGUUAAUUUUGGUGAUGGACAAGGUGAACAGGGCUCUGGCCAAGCAGGUGAGCAGGUUCCAGGGAACAGAGUUUAUGCAGCAGGCGCUCUUCAGUCUUCUGGGGCCACAGUUCACCGCUCAGUAUUUCCCCUAUACCAAGUACAAUGUCCAGAAACUGGACUCGUUGUCGGUUGCGCAGAAGAAGAAGUACCUGUCGGAGGCUCGUGAGUUCCUGAACCAGUCACUGACUCGUGCCAUCACUGGUUGUGGGUACCCUGAGGACGUGGGUACCUACAAGAACAACGAUGAACUGGGCGUCUUCCUUCAGGAAGUUCGUACCUCCUUCAGCGAGGCUCUCAGGAGACACACUGCUGUGGUAAUCUUCAACGAGGAGGCUGAGAAGAUACGGCAGAAACAAGGAACGAAGAAAGGUUACUACUACAGUGAUGAUGAUGACAACGAAGAUGAUGCCGAGCUGGAGAAAGUUAAGAAGAAAGCACUGAAGACUGAGGCAGGGAUUAAGGCUUCAGAUGUGGCCGGGAAGUCCUUCCUUGCUCUUGUCAACUACGACUCCGCCAAGAAGGCUGGUUUUGUGAAGAGACUGCGGGAGCGACACUUGUCACUCACAGCAAGCUUGCGUCAGUUCUUCUGGUGGGAGCAUUUGAUGGAGCGAGAGGGAAGCCAGCUGAGGGUGAACCCGGAUCAGGACGCUAAAGUAGUGGCCAAGGAGAGGUUUGAGGCCACGCUGGCCAAAGAGAUGACCAACCAGAAUGUGGAGAGGGCCGUCCGCAGCAACAGCUGGAAAGAAAUCGACAAGGGUGUCAUGGAGGUAUAUGACAGCACGUCCCCGUUACGAAGUAUCAACGAUGAACAACACAUGAUACACUCUGCACGGGCCCUCAACCUCCACACCAUCAUCUCAAAGAGCUUCUCUAAAAUCAACGUCUAUUGGCUCCUGCCCCUCCAGCUGGUCUUCACGAAGAAGCCAGACGAGAAUGAUGAUUCGCACAUGGUGGAGCUUGCACUGCUGCUGCAGUUAGUGCUGGAACACUGUCAGCCACCACAGCAGGUGGUGUUUGAGAUCGCUGAGACAGCAACCAGGGUGGUGAAGAAGAACGACCCUCAGUACUACGACCACCUCACCCGCGCUCUUAGCACCCAGGUCUCCCGCAUCAAGCUCAAGGACUUCCCGCCUGAGGUGCUGCAGGCGGGGAUGAAGGCGUCAACAAAGUUGUACGAGGAUCUGGAGGUUCGAGGAACCGACAACAUGAUGCAGCAACACCUGGAACUCUUCACUACUCCUGCCAUCUUCGUCAGGAAGUGGAUCUCUCAGGGGUUCGUGGGAGUGGUGAGUGUUACCGCCGUGCUCUGGCUCUGGGACCAACUCUUCCUCGAUGGCUGGAAGAAGACCACACUCACCAACAUGGCCCUGGCCAUCCUGGCACUCAUCAAGCCGUGGAUGACCAAGGCUAACAUGUAUUCUGGUGCACGCAAGGUUCUGCUGGACGAACCAGGCAAGCUGUACCUGAGUGACCUGAGGAAGGCCCUGGCUCACCUGGAAUCAGGUGGCACCUACAAAGACAUACCCAAGAACAAGAACUUCAUUGGCACCAAGGUUGCCAACACUACAACGCAGGUUCAGAAGUGGCAAGACAAGGAAGAACAGCCUCCUGUGUCAUCACUGCAGAGAGGUCCAGAUGUGGUGUUGCCCUACGUGCCAGAUCCACUCUUCAACAUCGAUCUCCAACUCGACUCUGACGAUGAUGAUGAUGUUUACCAGUCUGCCCCAGAGCCCUACCCAGAUGACAUGGAUCCAACACCAGUGAUCCCACUGGCGGCUGCCCAGCCGCCAGUGACGCCGCCACCGCCGCUCACUCCGUCACCGCCACCGCCGGAAGACACGGCGUGGGUGCCUUACGAUAAGUCGACAGCUGCUAGCCUGCCCCAGCCGACUCGAACCUCUGAUCCCUUUGACUUCUAUAUCGACUGUAUAAGGUUCCUGCCUGAUAACGUCUCCCACUGCAAGGUAACGGGGGAGAUCGUCAACAUGUAUACGUCGAAGGAGAAGCGUGAUUCAGACAUAGUGGCCUUUCCUCAGUUCGACUCCUCCUCCUACUGCCCCUCCUUCAGGUUCAAGAUUCGUCUUAAUAAUGAACGUAUAGUGCUCAACCCAAAGAUGAUCAUCAUGCUGCGUGUGUACGGCUACCAGAGUCACCGCCAGAACGUUGGGAUCGUUGGGUCGUGCCUCCUGCAGGUGUUCAACACUUCCAAGACCCCGCCCGUAUUGCGUGUGGGCGGAGUGCAGCGCCGCCUGCGUCAAGGCCUCCCAAUCCCGCCCCAAGGCAUGGAGAAACUUCAUGUUGCAGACAUGGAUGACAAAGAUCCCAUCCCCGGCGUCUCCAUCUGCGUCAGACUCCUUCCAGCGUCAAAGGAGACAGUGGAGGCACCGGCCUACGAGUCUGGCUACUACAAGAGUGACGAGUGUCAACCCACGGGCAGUGAACGUCAGCUCUUCCGACACUACAUGCAAAAGGACGACUUCACGAGCAGUACGGUGAAGGAAAACGUGAAGGAGGCGCAGGCGGCGGCAGGCGUAGCUGAGUCUAAAACUACUAAUCAUCUGCAGCGGUAUAUGGAGGAGACCCUAGAUUGGCGGACACAGCAAAAGAAAACCAAUCUUCCUCCGCCAGACCUUGAUUUUAUUCACUAUGUUCAUUACGACAUCAAUGUGGGCUUGAAGGCAAUGGUGCUUGGGGCUUUCAAUCUUCCAGAGUAUAUGGAAGGACUGUACUGCCAUGCGUACUGCCAGGUACUUCCUGGUGACGAGGCUGACGACCUGCCCUCCACACCUGAAGGUUACGGCCACGACCAACACUUCAUCACCAUGAACCCAGACUUCCUCUCCUACCAGCGCUCUCCACAUUGGCUCGACGACCCUGUGACUCUGCACCCACACUACGAUGAGCGGUCCAUCCUGCUGGUGCAGAUGUUUGGGUUCUCUCCCAAGUACAGGCCAGGGGAUGGCACUUCACCUGGCACCGUCACUACCAGUGACAAGCAACCACUCAUCUUCGACUACAACAAGCCACUUGCUUGGACUUGCACUCAGAUUUUCGACAAGGAUGCAGUGAAAAAUGGUCUCCACUGGCUACCACUAUUUUCUGGUCACCCCGAUGCUCUGCUUCUCUCAAUGCUUAAUGAACUGCCUCCAGCACACCAGGUCAUCGCUAAGAACAAGUCAUCCCUCAAGCCUAUUGACGGAGCAUCCAUCGAGAUAAAGACAUGUGAUGGCCACCUCAACAUUCUGGAUAUUAAAGAAUGUCAACUGGAAAAAAUGAUGGAUGCUGUGGGCCAGAGAUCACAGUGCUCAGCUGGACUAAUAAAAACUUUCCCAAGGACUGUGGAUGAGUUUUACAAAAAGAGCAUGAACAAGUCCAGGGGAAACAAAGACCAAGAAAGAGAAGUCUUUGAGCAAGCAGCAAACGCAGUAUUUUUCAACGCUAUGAAUGAAGCGCUGGAAGAAGCUGGUUAUACUGCUCUACCUACCGACUCUUAAGUCAUUACCUACUGACUUGUAAGUGAGAGUAACCUAUAUAACAUAUUAUUGCAUAUCAAAAUGUAUUCUGAACAUCGAAUAAAAUCAGAAGUACGUAUUUAGUACAGCACUUUCUUUUUCCUUUAUUAUAAUCAUGGUGAAAUGCUAAACCUGUAGGUUAUACAGCAUCUCAAGAAAAGGAAGUAAAGAACUUUUCAUCUGAAAUGAUGCUCCUUGAAGAGUAGUGUAUGAAGAAUAUAGAACUAUUGUAGAGUGCAUAUCUUUUUAAGAUGAGGUUCGUGAUACUGGCCGAGGGCUCUUGAUCCAAAGAAUUGGAACUACCCUUCCUUGGAUCAAAUCUGAGUACCUAGUUCUCUAGAUGUUCUAUAGCCUCUUACAGGUUUAGUAUUUUCCCUAGGAAUAUUUAAAUAAUAAGACCUGUUGCAAUGUGAGCAGGGUAAUAUUUUGUGAAGGGAUUCAGGGUAACCGGUUAGCUGGACUCGAGUCCUGGAAAUGGGAAGUACAAUGCCUGCACUUUAAAGGAGGGGUUUGGGAUAUUGGCAGUUUGGAGGGACUUCUAAACUGUCAUAUCUGAGUGCCUCUGCAAAGACAGUGAUUAUGUAUGAGUGAUGGCGAGUGUUGAAUGAUGAUGAAAGUUUUUUUUUCUUUCUUUUUGGGUCACCCUGCCUCGGUGGGAUACGGCCGGUUUGUUGAAAGAUAUAUAAUAAUAAUAAUACUAAUGUACCAUUUAAGCCAGUGUGUGUUUAGGGGAAAACUGUAGUAUGGUAUAUUUAUAACUGGUUUCAAGGGCUCAACUAUUCUAGCUGUUUGGCCAAACUUCUCGAUGUCCUGAUCAACUAAGCCAUUGCUGCUAGCAGCUUGUAGGCCUACACAGUCAUCAUAAUCUGGCUUUGGGUACUUUGAACAGGUAGUGAUCUAGUUUUCC